AUGGACGUCCAUGUCUUAGUAGGGGAUGGCGUCCAUGAUGGCCACUUCGGAGAGACCAAAAGUGUACUGCGGGCCAAGUCUUCUGUCUAUUGGCCGGGUUGGGAGGACCACGUCAGAAAUGUGGUAGCAAGUUGUCCCGUGUGCCAAGAAAACAGACCGAAAAAUCCCAAGCUGCCCCUGUUUCCGGUCCGGAUUCCGGAAUACGCGUUUCAGUUGGUUUCGGCGGACCUCUUUGAGUUCAAUAACGUGAACUACAUCUUAACCGUCGAUUCCUACAGCAAGUGGCCGUGUGUGGUGCCGUUGCGGUCCGUUACGUCGUCAGCCGUCAUCAACGAAAUAAAACGUUUCUUCUGUGAUUUUGGCCGUCCAGAAACACUAGAGUCCGACAACGGAACACAGUUUGCAUCCGCCGAGUUUCGUGAGUUCUGUCGCACUUUGGGCAUCGCGCAAGUGACGUCGAGUCCUGAGUUUGCUCAAUCGAACGGGCUGGUGGAACGGCACAUCUGGACCGUGAAGAAAACAAUCUUGAAGAUGUUCGCGGAUGGCAAAUCUUUGUGGGAGGCGCUGUCGGCAAUCCGCUCGACACCAAUCUCUGGUGUUCUUUCAUCACCGUCGGUGCUUCUACAAGGAAGGAACUUUCGAGGAAAUCUCCCUUUUCUGCCGUCUGAGUUGACACCUCGGCUUGUGCCUGCAUCGGCAGUGACGUCCGAACUAGUCGCAGGCAAGCUAAAGCUGUAUUCGACACGCCCCGGCGGACAGACGCGCGGUCGUCCGUCCUUCAUGUGGGACAGCGAGUGA